GUACUGAAUUGGUAUAUAAGAUUAAUUUUCGUUGCCCUACGUAUGCCCCAAUUUGUACUAACAGAAUACUUUUUCUUUAAUCGAGUUUAAUUGUAGGGAUCUGAUUAUUUCUUUGGGAUAUAAAUAAAUUUUUUUGAUCGUCAUCCAAAUCCAAAAUUACUAUGGCAUUAAAGCGUAUACACAAGGAGCUUGCCGAUCUGACCAAAGAUCCACCUACAAAUUGCAGUGCUGGCCCUGUGGGAGAUGAUAUGUUUCAUUGGCAAGCAACUAUAAUGGGCCCACAUAACAGCCUUUACCAAAACGGCGUCUAUUUUUUAAACAUUCAUUUCCCUAGUGACUACCCAUUUAAGCCACCAAAGGUUGCGUUUACUACUAAGGUGUAUCACCCGAACAUAAAUAACAACGGUGCUAUAUGCCUUGACAUUUUAAAGGAUCAGUGGAGUCCUGCCCUUACCAUUUCGAAAGUUUUACUUUCGAUAUCAUCACUCCUCACCGAUCCCAACCCAGAUGAUCCCCUGGUUCCUGAAAUUGCUCAGAUUUAUAAGCAGAAUCGCAAGCUUUACGAGUCUACGGUCAGGGAAUGGGUCCAGAAGUAUGCAACAUAGUAAUAAUACUUUGUAUAAUCUCAUGACG